ACCUGCGGCUGUGGGCGUGCGAAGGCGGGCGGUGCUCACGCCGGCCGGGAGGGAGGGAGCCGGGACCUAGGAGGGUGCGGAAAGGGACCGCUGGCCCCGCCCUCCGGUCCCACCCUUAGAGGUUGGCGAAUGCUCCGCCGUGGGAGUGUUUGCCGCCGCUGCGGCCGCCACCUGGAGUUCCCUCUGGCUCCGGGUUCCCCUGCCUAGCCAACCACGCGGAGUCCGGGGAGGCAAACGGCGGAGCCUCCGUGCCGACCACCCACACCUCCCACGCCUCUCCCAGCCCGAGAUCGCCCGGCAGGGAUGGGCGAGAAGACCUGGCUGCCCUUCCCGGUGCUGCUCCUGGCCGCUCUGCCCCCGGCGCUGCUGCCGGGGGCGGCGGGCUUCACGCACUCCCUGGACAGUGACUUCACGUUCACCCUCCCGGCCGGCCGGCGGGAGUGUUUCUUCCAGCCCAUGCCCCUGAAGGCCUCGCUGGAGAUCGAGUACCAAGUUUUAGAUGGAGCAGGAUUAGAUAUUGAUUUCCAUCUUUCUUCUCCAGAAGGAAGAACCUUAGUUUUUGAACAAAGAAAAUCAGAUGGAGUUCACACGGUAGAGACGGAAGUAGGGGACUACAUGUUCUGCUUUGAUAAUACAUUCAGCACCAUUUCUGAGAAGGUGAUUUUCUUUGAAUUAAUCCUGGAUAAUAUGGGAGAACAGGCGCAAGAACAAGAGGACUGGAAGAAAUAUAUUACUGGCACAGAUAUGUUGGAUAUGAAACUAGAAGAUAUCCUGAUAUGCAACUUAGAACAAAUCUUGGAAUCCAUCAACAGUAUCAAGUCCAGACUAAGCAAAAGUGGUCAUAUCCAAACUCUGCUUAGAGCAUUUGAAGCUCGUGAUCGAAAUAUACAAGAAAGCAACUAUGAUAGAGUCAACUUCUGGUCUAUGGUUAAUUUAGUGGUAAUGGUGGUGGUGUCAGCCAUUCAAGUUUAUAUGCUGAAGAGUCUAUUUGAAGAUAAGAGGAAAAGUAGAACUUAAAACUCCAUAUCAAAACUCCAUAUUGAAAAAGAGAUAGAAAAAUGCAAUAAACUGUUACAGUCAAGACCGUUAGUAGUAUUUCCAAAAUGUUUUCAGUUAUUACCAUAAGUGUGAAACAAUUUUAAUGUAAAAGUCUUCACUUCAGUCUGUGCAAGUAAUCUUAUUGCUCCAGAUAUAUUUAAGUGCAUAGCAAAUAUUUUGCAGAGUAUAGGUAUAAUUGAAUGAAGCCAUAUUAUUAAUGGCAUUUUCCUAAGUUUAAAAAAAUAUGCAAAUGUGUCACAGGUGAUUUAAA